AUGGCUAAUUCAGGCCCGACGCAUCUCUCCACAUCUACUAUCAACGAUCUGCUCUUCGCCAACGUCUGCGCACUCAGCACUAAGGCCGAAGAAAACGUACAACAGAGCGUGGACCUCUUUACCACCGGGUACGCCAAAUUCGACCGGACAGUCAACAUGGACAAAACGGUGAUCCUGCAUCAACAGUCACCGAACGUUGAAUAUAGUGUCUCUCGCAUCUACAUCAACGGCACCGAACUGAAGACUGUGGACAGCUUCACUUGCUUAGACAGCACAAUGCCACGUUUCAUUGGAAUCAUAGACAUAUUGGCCCACAAUAUCUUCAAAACCAGCCAGAGCUUCGACCGGCUACAGAACUCUGUGCGGAAUCGUCGUGGCCUUUAA